CACAACACCGCCAGCCCUAGCAUCGCAUCCUCACAACCCACCGCCUGCAGAUUCUUACACCUGGCACAUCACCGCCGCCCCGACAGCACGGCCUUCACAGUUACAGCAUCCCCUAGACCAAUCACUCCCCCGGCUCCACACUGGCAGCAACGCCCUGUCGCUCCACCUUUUCAUCCCACACCAUCUGCCCUGCUCAGUGCUCCCGCCUGGCGUCUUGGUGAGGAACCGACGAGAGGCGAACACUGAACACUGAACACUGAACACACCUUCAUUCCAAACCUCCGAACACCAUACAACAACACCAUACACCUCUCGUCAACCACCCUCUCGUCACUCAACGCACCAUCUCAGCCUCCCAUUUGCCCUUGGCCGCCUCCAGCGCACCGCAACCAUGUCCAAGGAGUCGCUCGACUCGGAUCGGGUCAAUUACAUGAUCUGGAGGUAUGUGUUUCCUCGUGAUCCGCCUGCGUGGUUGUCAGGUACAGGAUUGGUUUUCGCUAAUUGUCACGUUUUCGCACAGGUAUCUGGUCGAUUGUGGUAUGUAUACAAGAUGAUUCCCAAAGACCUUCAGGACGCUGUCCCUCCCCCAUUCCAUGCGUGCUAAAUCCAUGGCUUCAGGUUAUCAAGAGACAGCUGUCCGGCUGCAAAAGGAGUGGAACACGCCCGAUCCGCAGAAACUCCCAUGUGCGCCCUAUGUACCGAAUCAUGCACUCGUCGUUCUGCUCAACAGAGGACUCGUGUACAGCGCCAUUGCUGGAGAUCAUGCGCAGGUACGUGUGUAAAGAAACAAAUCGCCAUUGCUCGUGGGAGCCAUUUGCAGCCAUGGGAGAUGCAACUGACCUGACCGCCUUGAUAGGUGAGCGCGCCAGAAGGGGAUGCACAGACGGGCUUCUUUGGACCAUUACCCAACUCAACCACAUCGGCACCAGCUGACGAAGAGGAUUCUGAAAAUGUCCGAAAGCGUCAAAUGGACAACGAACAGCCUCAAGCUACCAACGGAGCUGGACCUGGAGCCAAUAACAAUGGGCCCCCCGCCAAGCGACCCCGACUCAGCAAUGGCUACGACAGCGGAAAUGGCAACGGAAACGGCAACGGCUUCGACCCGACGCCCAUGGAAAUUGACGACGAGCAGAACGGCCUCAGUCACGGCCUCAGUCACGGUCACGGUCAUGGUCACGACGAGAACGCAUAUCCAUCACCCUCUGAGCAAGCACCGUUGCCGUUGGUUAUCACCGUCGGGCCUGAGCGAGGCAUCCAGCCUGUUAAAGUUUCUGAACUUUCCACAGAGACGUUGUUCCUGGAAUUGUCGGACGACCAGGCUCAGCGAAAUGCAGUUUUGUUGCAAUGCGAGUGGAACCCACGAGAUCCAGCCAUCUUGGCGGCUGCGGGUACCGAUGCGCUAGCUCGCCUCUGGACCCUGUCGCGUACGGCAGCCGAGACAACCACCGACGCAACUGCAGGGGCAAGCUCGCAGCGAAAGCCUUUGUUUCAACCCUUCCAGAACCUGUUGUCUGACAAUGCGCCGCCGACCACCACGGUCACGGGACUUAGCUGGUCGUCCGAUGGAAAAUUUGUGGCCGUCGCCAGUGAGCCGUUGGAGGAGGGAGUUGCAAGAAUUGGCUUCUGGACGGCCCAAGGGCACCCACAUUGUGCUUUUGACGGCAUCUACUCACCCAUCAUCCUCUUGCGCUGGAAUCCGUCAAACACAGCAUGUCUGGUACUCUCACCUGGCAACCACACUCAGGGGGUUGUAAUCACCAUUAUGGAUCCGGCGGAAGGGAAAUGUUUUAAGCACUACAUCCCAGAUCACUCGCUGUUGGACCAAACGUUAGACGCGGCUUGGACCAAGGACGAUAAAUUUGUAAUCGGCGGAGGGGAUAUUCUUCAAGAGUUCCGGUGCGCUGAAGGGGCCAUCUCUAUGACGAAAAAGUUUGAGACCAGAGAUCGCCAUGCCAUUUCCAUGCUUAAAUACGACUGGCGCUCUACUUUACUCGCUACCGCUAGCGAGACUGGAAUGAUUGACGUAAGUUUUCCAGAUUAGCCGUCAAGAUCUCCUGCUAACUGUGAUCAGAUCUGGAACCAAACUGGACAAUGUCAUUCUUUCAACGCACAUCAAGGAGUCAUCACAGCUUUAAUGUGGCAACCUUUGCCAGUUCCAGCAGCUGUUGGAGAUGACGCUGAACGAUUACUAGCGUCAGCUGGAGAAGAUUGUGCAAUUAGUAUUUGGAAUGGCAGGUCAUCGGAAACUAAACCCAGAUUCUCCAUGACCAUGCACUCGGGCGUUACAUCCUUGGCAUUUACACCAUGUGGCAUAUUCAUCGCUGGCGCAACAACCGAUCAAAUAUUUAUCUGGAAGGUUGACGAUCCAAUACUUCCAAGAGCAGCGUGGAAUCGAAGUGAUCAGUCUGGGUGGAGUACUCCAAUGUCGCAAGACUCCAAUUCAGAUGAAAAUAACUACUCCCUAUCUUGGGAUUCAACUGGCCGAAAACUUGCUUAUGGAUUUAGUACCUCGGUAAGUACAGUCUUUUUUGGAAUUUUGAUUGGAAUCGGCUGACUAAGUCAUAGCUCGCUAUAAUCAAUUUUGGACGAUAGAAAAGUUUCCAAUGAUAAGGAAUUGAGAAUACAAGAGCCGAGCCGAGAAAAUAAAACAAGAUUUCGGGGAGUGCUAAGGUUACAAACCCGCUUUGCGUUGUUGUCACAAAUGCCGAAAUGAGAUGUGCUAUUCGGCAUUGGAACCGAGGAGAUGAGGAGAAAGAAGGUUCAAUCCUAGGAUAACAAGUCGAAAUUACAAUCCUGGAUACCGAAUCGCCAUAUUUUGUUGGCGGCUACAAAUAUAAAGGCAUGUCAAGAUAGGUGGGGUGGGAAGUGAAGGGACAUGCGAUGUACCAUUAGAAGAGUGAUUUGAAAAGAAUUUGCUGGAGUGAGGAUAGGAAAGGUAAGAAGAAAAGUGGAGGAGAAGGGGGUGU